ACCUUUUGUUUACGUGGAAGGAGAGCUGUUCGUGCUUCCGGGUUUUAUUUCUGAAGUUACCUGCUCGGUUUUAAAGAGAUGGCUACGUUACCGGCCCAGUCUCUCCGGGUCUCGGAGAUUAAAGACCCUACGGUUUUAUUUGAGCGGUACAGUGCGGAGGAGAUUCGCGCUAUCGAGAGGAAAGUGCGCGGAGAGAUCGAGCAGAAGAAGGAGGAACUUCGACAGAUGGUCGGUGAACGGUACCGGGACUUGAUCGACGCCGCGGACACGAUCGGGGAGAUGAGACAGUGCUCGGAAAGUGUCGUCGAGUCCAUCCAGGACAUGUACCGGUACUGCCACAAACUGAAACAGCCCAAACAAGGCCCUCAGUCCAGCGGCACAGCUGAGGGUCGGAAACAGUCACAGGAGAGAUUCUACAUGAUGGCAUCACAGAUAAAGCUCCUUUUGGAAAUCCCAGAGCGUGUGUGGAGCGCGAUGGAGUCGUCGCAGUACCUGCAGGCCACGCAGCUCUACCUGCUGUGCUGUCACCUUCACAGCCAGCUGCACCUGGAGGGAGGAGGGCAUCAGUACAGCCCCGUCCUCUCUCGCUUCCCCAUCCUGGUGCGCCAGGUAGCAGCUGCUGGUCAUUUCAGGUCUACCAUCUUAUUGGAGAGUAAGUCUGUGCUGCGCGGCAGGGCUGUGUCUGAUCAAGCGAUCGCUGAAGCACUGGUCUCCACCAUGCUUCUGGAAGACAGCUCCCCUCGCCAGGCGCUUGCGGAUUUCCUGCUGGCUAGGAAAGCAUCCAUUCAGCAACUGCUCAAUCAGCCCCAGCAUGGUGCUGGUGUUAAAGCACAGGUUUGUUCUUUGGUGGAGCUGCUGGUAACCACUCUGUACCAGGCAUACGCUGUGUUUUACAUGCCUCCAGAGGGCCAAGUGUCUGAUAUCAAUUUGGGAUGUGGCCUGCUUUUCACAACUUUGGAGAAUGUGACCUCCAACACAUCCUCUGGGAAAGAGAAUAAAGUUCUGGACAAGGAGAUGAGCACAGGAAGCUGGUUUAAAUAUCUUCCCCCUUCAGUGAUGAACUUCCAGCCUGUCCUCCGGACGCUAGCGCAGCCGAUACAGAGGGAGCAGCUCAGAGACACGCUGCAGCAGUGGAUAGAUAUCUGUAAGGAGGAUAUCCGCAGUGGAGUCAGUAGCCUUCUGGUCUAUGUGAAGAGUCUGAAGGGUCUGGCUGCGAUUCGGGAUGCUGUAUGGGAACUGCUCAGCAGCGAGUCCAUCAGUCAGCACUGGAGUACUGUGUGUCAGUCCCUCCUCGAGCGACCUCUGGCCUUGUGGGAUGACCUUUUGCAGCAGCUCUUUCUGCAGCGACUUCAGGCAAUCACGCAGGAGGGCACAGAAGGGAUCUCCAGCAGCUCCAGACAGCUCUUGUCUUCAGCUCUGCGGGAUCUGCAGGGUCAAGCAGCAGCCGGGAGCUUCAGCCGUGGGGCGCAGUAUGAAAGUGACGUUGCAGCUUUCCUGUGGUCCGAGUCUCAAGGUGACCUGCUCAGCGACACAGCCUGGGUCAGUGUAGCCCAGCGCUGCCCGCAGCAGAAGAGCGGCCUGUCCAUGAAGACCCAGGCCCUCACCCCCUGUGUUCAAACCUUCUGCUCCUCCCUGGACUCCAAGCUCAAAGCCAAAUUAGAUGAUCUGCAGCACUACUUGCCCUCUGAAAAAAAUGGCAAGGAGCUUUCAGAGAUGGUCCCAGUCACAACUAACUCCCCUAUUAACCGCCAUAUGGAUGCUGGAGCGGUGGAGGACACUCUUAGAGAGCAUUGCCUGGCAUGUGUCAGGGAUAUCCUUUCUAGUGUGCGCGCUGAGCUCACUAAUGCCCAGACUAAGACUCCCAGCCCCAGCCAGUUAAGUUCGGUGCUCUUUAUGGCCAGACUAUGCCAGUCAAUGGGGGAGCUGUGUCCUAGUCUGAAACAGUGCAUUCUGGGGAAGCAGGGGGGCUUGGAUCCCGUGAGCAGAGGCACUCCACGACAGGGCAAGAAGUUAGGCAAAGGCAACACAGCCAAGGCUGCGGAUGUCAGCCCAGCACAGGCUAAGUGGAGCUGUCUGAAUGAGGAGCUUCUGUCCUGCAGCAUGAAGGCCUACGGUAUCUGGAGCUCAGCACUCACCAGGGCACUUGUGGGCAGCUUUGCUACGACUCUUCAUGCUGGAACUGCUGGAUCCAUCCUGAGUACUGCAACCAAUUGGGAAGAGCUUGAAAUACAGGAAGAGACAGAGUCUGGAAACAAUAUAAUGUCCAAAAUACGCCUCCCUGUGCAGCCAUCAUGGUAUGUUAAUUCAUUACUCUUCCAUCUGUGCCUUGAGGUCAAUCGGGUCGGAGGUCAUGCGUUACCAAAAGUCACGCUCUUCGACCUCUUGCGGGGUUGUCUAGACCAAGUGGUGAGUGAGUAUGAAAAACUCACUCAGGACACACAAAGCAAGGAUGCAAACCUCCCCAUGACCCAGAACAGAGCUUUGCAGCUGCUGUUUGACCUUCGCUAUCUCAGUGCCACUCUAGGGUCCCGCCUUGAAGAGGGCAGGAAUUCCCGUUCUCAGCAAGACCCAAGGAUCCAGCAGGUCUGCGACUCCCUGGAAAGUCACAUUGAUCCAUUUGACCUGGAUGUUUUCACUCCACAUCUUAACAGUAACCUGAACCGGCUCUCACAAAGGACGUCUGUGCUUUUAGGAUUGUUGACUGGCACAGAGAAGCAGUUUACCUCCAGAACAAACAGUCUCAACUCUCAGGAACCAUACAACAUCCUUCCUUUGGCAAGCAGCCAGAUCCGGUUUGGUUUGCUGCCACUGAGUAUGACAAACUCUCGAAGGACUAAUUCAGCCACACAUGGAGCAGAUAUCACUAGACCACUGGUGGCUCCCUCCUCUGCUUCUGCUCCACAGGAUACUUUCCGGCCAGGAAAUCUCUUCAGGCAGUUAGCCAAUCAAGAAGAGGAAUCCACAGCCCCUUCUCUCUUUAAAUUAGGCUGGCUUUCUGGCAUGGCCAAAUAAACUUUUAAUAUAAAGUUGGUAUUUUUUUUUUAACCCCAUACAACAAUAUAUGUAUUAUAAUAUUUAAAAUACAGUUUGAAAUGUUAAACUGUGUCCUGUAUUGCCUAUUCUCACAAAUUCACGAUAAAUAGAGAGAAAUUGCAACGCAAAGCAUAUUAAUAAAAGGGAAAGAUUAAAUGAAAA